AUGAAAUCACGUUAUACAUUUACCGUUUGUUUAUGUAAACGUUUUCUCGAUCAUCCGUGGGUGAUGUUCAGGAGUGCUGUCAGGUGCCUUCAGAUCUGUCCUGUUGUUGGGCAAAGAAAUAUGUCUAGCAGCCUUGCAGGAAAGGUGGCUAUUGUCACUGCAUCUACUGAUGGAAUUGGUUUGGCUGCAGCUCAAGCCUUGGGAAAGAAAGGCGCCCAGGUAGUGGUGAGCAGCCGACGGCAGGCCAAUGUGGACAGAGCUGUGGCCCUGCUUCAAAGCCAGGAUAUUCAAGUGACUGGCACUACUUGUAAUGUGGGCAAUGGAGUGGACAGAGAAAAACUGGUUGAAGUGACUCUUCAAACAUAUGGUGGCAUCGACAUUUUAGUAUCAAACGCAGCUGUCAAUCCUUUCUUUGGAAACACUCUGGACUCUACGGAGGAGGUGUGGGACAAGAUUUUGUCCAUAAAUGUCAAAGCAUCUUUUUUGAUGACCAAAUUGGUGGUGCCUCACAUGGAAAAACGAGGGGGGGGGAAUAUAGUGUUUGUUUCAUCUGUAGCUGGAUAUCAACCAAUGCCGGCUUUGGGUCCUUACAGUGUGAGUAAAACAGCCUUGCUCGGUCUGACUCGAGUGCUUGCCCCAGAGCUGGCCCCGAGUAACAUUCGAGUUAACUGUGUAGCACCUGGAAUAAUAAAGACUCGCUUCAGUUCAGCUUUGUGGGAAAACGAAGAUGUAAUGGAUGAGUUUAAAAAGCAGCUCAGUAUCAAAAGAGCUGGAAACCCAGAGGAAAUUGGUGGAGUGAUUUCAUUCUUGUGCUCCAAUGAAGCGUCAUACAUUACAGGAGAGACGAUAACUGUGACUGGAGGAAUGAGUGGUCGACUUUGA